UACAAUCUUUGACACUUUUGUGUUGACGAGUUGACGUACUUGUAAUGGCGACCUCCAAGACUACAAAUACUUACAACAGACAAAAUUGGGAAGAUGCAGAAUUUCCCAUUUUGUGCCAGACAUGCUUGGGAGACAACCCGUAUAUUCGCAUGACAAAGGAGCGCUACGGCAAGGAGUGCAAGAUCUGCUCGCGGCCCUUCACGGUGUUCCGGUGGUGCCCCGGGGCGCGCAUGCGCUUCAAGAAGACGGAGGUGUGCCAGACGUGCAGCCGGCUGAAGAAUGUGUGCCAGACGUGUCUGCUGGACCUGGAGUACGGGCUGCCCAUCCAAGUGCGAGAUGCGGCGCUGCGCAUCCGCGACGACCUGCCGCGCUCCGAGGUCAACAAGGAGUACUACAUCCAGAACAUGGACAAGGAGCUGGGGAAGAUAGACGCGACGACGCCGGCGGGGGCGGUGGGCAAGUCCCAGGCGGCGAGCGACCUGCUCAUGAAGCUGGCCCGCACCAGCCCCUACUACAAGCGCAACCGCCCGCACAUCUGCUCCUUCUGGGUGAAGGGCGAGUGCAAGCGCGGGGAGGAGUGCCCCUACCGGCACGAGAAGCCCACCGACCCCGACGACCCGCUCGCCGACCAGAACAUCAAGGACAGGUACUACGGCAUCAACGACCCCGUGGCGGAGAAGCUGAUGCGCCGAGCAUCCGCCAUGCCCAAGCUGGAUCCCCCCGAGGACAAGGCCAUCACCACCCUGUACGUCGGCAACCUGGGCGACAAGCUGGGCGAGAAGGAGCUCAGGGACCACUUCUACCAGUACGGGGAGAUCCGUUCCAUCACGCUGGUGCCGCGCCAGCAGUGCGCCUUCGUGCAGUUCACGCACCGCACCGCGGCGGAGCAGGCGGCCGACUGCACCUUCAACAAGCUGAUCCUGGGUGGGCGACGCCUCACCAUCCGCUGGGGGCGCUCCCAGGCCAAGCAGGGCACUGCGGUGACUGCUGAGGGCGCCGGCUCCGGGGCGGAGGAGUUGGAGCCGGUGCCCGGCCUUCCCGGGACCCUGCCCCUGCCACCUGUCGAGCUGCACAACAACUUCUUCAAUCUGGGAGGCGAGAACGAAGCCCCGCCCGUUCCCAUGCCGGUGGCCAUCCCCCCGCCGCCCGUCAUGCCUCCGCCCAUGCUCAUCCCGCCCCCGCCGGGCAUACGGCCCCCGGGCCCACCCCCCUUCUUCUUCCCGCCGCACCUGCGGCCUGCCCUGCGCCCCCCCCAGCCCCUGUUCCCGCCCGGCACGGCGCCCGCCCUGCCGCAGCUGCCCACGAUACACUACCCGUCGCAGGACCCCGCCCGCUUGGGCACUGCUCCGGCCAAGGGCAAGACCUGGCCGGGCGAGGACCUGUAGCCAUCUCGUCGCUCUCUCUUUCUCAUCAUUAUAGUGUCCUAUUGCCACUCGUGAAGUACAAGCAAGGAAAAAAAUUGAGGAUUGGUUGUAUUUUGAUGAUGGAAAUAUAAGAGAACUUGUUUCUCCUAGGUUUCAAGUUGAUGAAUGUGUUAAAUAAAAAAGAAUGAAUCCUUCA